GAGAGAUGCAGUGCCACAGUGUGUGUGUGUCUGCGAGGCUGUCAGUAGCACAACUCUCCAUCCUGUCGUCUGGGACCAUGAUGUGUUGUGGAGCUACGAUGCACAGAUUCACUGCAGGAGCAGGGAAUGCAGAUAGAAGUUCACCUUGAGCUGGAGUCAGUGCUACAGUGCCACUCUGGACCUCUGGGAUUACAAGAAAUGCUCACAGAUCUCAGACCAAGAUCAGUAGAGAUUUAAUCGGAUCUGACAACCUGCCACAACGGGUGGCCCCAGAAUUGUUAACUUUUGGAUUACUGGUCCAGACUCUGAACAGACUAUCCAGGGCAGGAAAUCAAACAGGUACUUGGUUUGGUACAAACUUGCCAGCUGUCUCCAAAACAGACAGCCAACAGAACCAAUAUUGUGACAUCCACAGUUCACCCUGGAAGCUCGAAAAGCCACGACCAAGCAGCCCAGGGACCCUGGGGCUGGCCUGACCUUGGACCGUCUGUCACCUGAACCCCUCCUGGCACCGGCAGAGACGUCCAGCAUGUCUCAGACUGGUUCCUCAGGACGGUUCCACAACAAAAAGGCUGGCAUUAGGGCUGCUGUGAUCCUGAUCGGACUCCUGCACAAGUCUCGCAAAGCCAAGGAGAAGGAGAGAGAGAAGGAGGAGAGGGAAGGGAAACAGGAGCUGCUGAACAUUUCCAACGUCCCUCUGGGAGAAUGUCCCCCCUCACCACCCCGCACUGCACCGCCCAGCAUGAAGUCUGCAGAGUUCUUCGAUAUGUUGGAGAGAAUGCAGGUCCCUAAAGCUGAAGAGCCCAAAAGAUGGAAGGAUGACUAUAUCCCCUACCCACGGAUAGAAGAUGUCCUGGAGAAAGGUGGUCCAUACCCCCAGGUAAUCCUGCCACAGUUCGGGGGUUACUGGAUCGAGGAUGUGGAGGCACCAGCAGGGACCCCAUCCUCUUCAGAGUCCAGUUUCUGUGAGGAGGAGGACGGAGGAGAGGGCAUGAGCCCUGGUGGGGGGCACAGCUACCGCCUGGAGUGUAACAGCACUGCCCGCGCUUACCGCAAACACUUCCUAGGCAAGGAACACAUGAACUAUUACUGCUCUGGCAGCAGCAUAGGCAACCUCAUCAUGUCUCUGAAACACGAGGAGGCUGAGGGACAGGAGUUCCUACGCAUCAUGCUCAGGUCGAGGAUCAAAACAGUCCAUGACAGGAUCUCUUUAGCCGGCAUCAACCAGCUGCCCAGUGUACCACAAAUUGCCAAGCUUCUGUGUGAUGAUGCCACGGGGCUGAAGUUCAACCCGGUCCUGUACCCUCGGGGAUCCCAGUUGGUAGUGGCUUAUGAUGAACACGAAGUGAACAACACCUUCAAAUUUGGAGUCAUCUACCAGAAGUUUGGACAGACAUCAGAGGAAGAGUUGUUUGGGAACAACGAGGAGACGCCAGCUUUUAAGGAGUUUCUCAGUAUCCUGGGCGACAACAUUGAACUUCAGGAUUUUAAAGGGUUCCGCGGUGGGCUGGAUGUAUCCCACGGACAGACAGGGUCUGAAUCUGUCUACACUGUCUUCAGACGGAGAGAGAUUAUGUUCCAUGUGUCAACCAAGCUUCCCUUUACCGAGGGAGACAUCCAACAGCUCCAGAGAAAAAGACACAUAGGAAAUGACAUCGUGGCCGCAGUCUUCCAGGAAGGGCCCACACCGUUUGUUCCUGACAUGAUCGCUUCUAAUUUCCUGCAUGCUUACGUGCUGGUGCAGGUGGAGAACCCCUGCACAGAGCACACAACAUACAAGGUGUCUGUUACAGCGAGGGAGGAUGUGCCUCCUUUUGGACCUCCUCUCCCAAACCCCGCCGUCUUUAGGAAGGGUCCAGAGUUUCGAGACUUCCUGCUGACAAAGCUGAUCAAUGCUGAAAAUGCCUGCUACAAAUCUGACAAAUUCGCCAAACUAGAGGGGCGAACGCGGGCUGCGCUGCUGGAUAACCUUCACGACGAGCUGCACAGACAGAGUCAGGCCACGCUGGGUCUGGGCCAGGCAGGAGAGGAGGACAAGCUGGAGAACGGGGGACACGGGGGUCUACUCGAGUCCUUCAAGAGAGCCAUGCGUGUCAGGAGCCACUCCAUGGAGACUAUGGUGGGCUCUCACCGUCACAGGAGCCCCGGGGUAGGAGGCGGGGUCCCGGCCAGCGUGAGUGGAGGAGGGCUGCCACAGAGCACCAGCGAGUGCACAAAGAGCACCUUCACUCCUCCUGUGUUGUCAGCCAAGUCUCCUUUGAAGAGUCCAGUGAAACGGCGCUCAGGCCUCUUCCCUCGUCUCCACUCCAGCACAGAAUCCCCGACUGACAAACACACACGCAGCGACCAAAAGCUUGCAGAGAUCUGCCCGCUGUCCCAAGAAGUGAGGUCAGAGACAUCAUCCAAUCCCAGCUCACCAGAAAUCUGCCCCAACAAAGAGAGGCCAUUUGUCAAGCUGAAAGAGUGCAGCAGCAGCGGUGGCAGACCCAACAUCUCUCGUUCCUCAUCCAGCACCAGCAGCUUCAGCAGCACCACGGGAGAAACAGAAGCUCUGGAAGAACUGGAGACAGCCAGCCAUCCCUCCAUAGCGUGCUCCUCUGCCUUUAGUCCUUCCCUCAGCGUCGACAGCCAGGGAUCAGGUACGCCUGUCAUCAUGUGCCGCAGUCCAACAGAUGUGAAAAGUAAGACGUCACCAAGGUCAAACUUGAAGUUCCGCUUUGACAAAAUGAGCCACUCAUCCACAACUGUAAGUCCUGUAAUGCCUGCCUGGUCAGCAUAUUUAAAUAAAUAUUAUUGUAAAGCAGUGGUGAAAUGUAACUAAGUACAUUUACUCAAGUUCUGUACUUAAGUAUAAUUUUGAGGUACUUGUACUCAGUAUUUGAGUAUUUCCAUUUUAAUGUAACUUUAUACUUCUACUUUACUACAUUUUGAAUCAAAAUUUGUACUUUUUACUCCACUACAUUUAGCUGAGAGCUUUAGUUACUUUUCAGGUCGAGAUUUAACAUAUAAAAACAUGAUCAAUUUAAAGUAAAUAUACUUUUUUUUUUAUUAAACCUCAUAACAGUAUAUUAAUAAGUUAAAAUGAGCCCUAUCUUUACAACGUUAAAAUGCUACUUUCAUAAAUGCACCAAUAUUUAUCAUUUAAUAAUAUAUUUGGAAUAUAUAAAAUAAUCUGAGUGGGGACAUAUUGCUUUUGCUGGUGUGGUAUUAGUACAUUUACUUAAGUAAAGGGCCAGGAUACUUUUUCCACCACUGUUGUAAAGCAAGUAUCUUGUUACACGGUGCUGUUGAAAAAAAUAAGCAUGUAAUUAAAGUCAUAUCAAAAAAUUCCAGGUAAUAACUUUUUUAAGAUGAAACUUUGUAACUUUGCUGAUGUCUUUCUUUUGACUAGAAAGGAAAACAUGAACACUUUUAGUCCUAUUUAAAACAUGGGGUAAUGGUGGAGUUUGACCUCUUGUGCCCAAAAUGAGCAUUACAACAAACACAAGAAAGAAAAUCACCUGCUAAAACCUUUUUUCACCUGUUUUCCCAUAUAGAUAAAUGAUGAAACUUGGAAAAAAGAUUCUGGCAAACUUUUUUUCUCACAUUUUUUUUAUACAAAGGGGCAAAAAAAUGAAGCAGUUUAGGAUGAUUAUCCUUGCCUCUCUUGGCUUCCAUAAUUUAGCGCAAUUUAGCGGGCAAUAAGUAAAAUUCCCCUGGUGUGUUUUUUCUCAUUGUCAUCAUUGACAUCUCAUUAACUCUGAAUCACUGUUAUCCAGAGGUGGAAUGUAACUAAGUACAUUUACUUAAGUACUGUACUUAAGUACAAUUUUGUGGUACAUGGUCUUUACUUGAGUAUUUCCACAUUUGUAACUUUAUACUUCUACUUCACUACAUUUUAGAGGCAAGUAUUGCACUUCUUACUCCACUACAUUUAUCUGCCAGCUUUAGUUAGUUUUCAGGUUGAGAUUAACAUAAAAAACAUGAUCAAUUUAAAGUGAAUAUGCAUGUUUAUAAAUUAAACCACAUAAAAGUAUAUUAAAAAGUUAAAAUUAGCCCUACCAGGAAAGAAGUAAAAUGCUGUUUACAUUUAUGCAUCAAUACAAAUAAUAUAAUAAUAUAUUUAGAAUAUAUGAAUCAAUCUGAGUGGGUCCAUUCUGCAGAUAGAUUACUUUUACUUUUGAUGCUUUAAGUACAUUUUGAUGCUGAUACUUUUGUACUUUUGCUUAAGUUUUAAAUGCAGGACUUUUACUUGGAGUGGAGUAAUUCUACUCCAAGAAUUGGUGGUAGAAGUACUUUUACUUAAGUAAAGGAUCUGAAUACUUGAAUACUGAAUACUGAAUACUACCACUGCUGUUAUGUCAUUAAAACAGACAAGCUGGUAUUGGGUAAUAAAACCCAGAUUGAAAGAUGCAUGCAGUCAGCAAACUCUCUCCUCUAACUGGCCUUUCUGUUCGCUCUCCUCUCUUUUCAGUCCGAGUAGCUUUGUGGAGUGGAAACAUCAGACUUGCACAACAAAGGGACGGUGUGGGCUGAUGGAGCUGCAAAGAGAAAAUGAAAAAAAAAAAUCAAAACAACAACCACAACAUCACUGUAGAACCACUUCCCUACGCCAAGGAUAAUCUGACAAGAUUACCAACCGCACCAACCGAGUCCCCACACACUAUAAACAAACUGACAAUACUGUGAGUGUACAGCGAGGAGAAGCAGCUGACCUGUUCUUUUUAACCAGCCUUAGGUUACAGAAAUUAGUCAAUACUUUGCUGAUGUUACAAGUUGCUGCAUCUCAGUUGUUAAUUGUUCACAUCACAUGAAAGUCCUAGCAUGGCUGUAAUACUGUGAGUGUAGGCCGAGCUAGACUCCGUCUCAGCUUCUCAAGCAUCUAGUUUAAUAGGGAGACACGGUGAUCUAGAAAAGUGGUAACACGACUGAACUGUUACUCUUUGGUCGACAUCAGGACAUAAGACAUCAGGAUGUUCCCUUUUUGCCUUUUGCCCUCGAAUGGUACGUCUGGCAACAGUUCCUCUUUUGCCUAAAAAAAGUAUGUAGACACACAGACAAACUCUCACAUGCACAGAAACAACAAAAUAGACUAGGCACCUCACACUGGAAGUCUCAAUUAAAUGCUUUCUUAGUGAACACCUUCGAUUUUCAAGAUGCUUUCGUAACCUGCUGCAUUGUGUCUACUGCACUAUAAACACCACACUGCUGAAACUCAGUGGAUUCAUAUGAUACGGGGACAUUAUCGUAGCAGAAUUAUUUGUGAAAUGUGUGCAGAGAGUUGUGUAAUUGUAUUGAAAUCUGUGUGUGAAAUGAGAUUUGUAAAUGUGUUAAUGUAUCUCAGAAUGCAUAGUUACAUUUGUGAAUAUGUACAGGAUACUGCGAAUGUGUACUCAGAAUCUAUGUGUCCAUAAUCAGAUUUGUAAAUGUGUAAAAAAAAAAAAGGUUACAGUUACACAUUCACAGAUCUCUGCAUUCACAGAACUUCAAAAAGCAUUUACGCAUUUACAAAUUGAAAAGACAAAACAAAGUGUGCACACUGAAAUAGGCUCAGGAUUGUUUAUUUUCAAGAAAACAUUUCGAUCGAAAAGUUACAUCAUUACUUAAAAAUAAUGUAGACUCAGUGAGUCGACUUUGUUUUGUCUGGUGUUUUUUUUUGUUUUUUUUAUGUUAACACACUUGGUCCUUUAUUGCAUUCACAAAUGUGUCUAAAGAUUCAAAAAUCUCAAUACACGCAAAUCUAGAUUCACACAUGGAUAAUGAAUGCCUAUUUGCAGAUUUCAGUACACAUUCACAAAUCCCAGAAUUCAUUUAGAGAUUCUUUCACACAUUUACAAAUGUGAUCAUGCACACAUGGCUUGAGUUACAUAAUUAUUUGCACAAUUUGCAAAUAUUUCUGCUACAGUAAUGGCCCCAUAAUAUAAGAACAUUUCUGUACCUGUAAGGGUAUCUUCAUAUCCCUGAACUUAAGUGAUUGGUUAGUGGAAAUUAGCUCACACAGGGCAAAGUAGAGGACACUGCCAACACAUUUUGCCAUAAGCUUAUUUUAGCCAAAGCUGCGCCUUACAAUCUAUCAAAAAGCCCUUUUCACCAUGGAUCCUCUCUCUCUCUCUCUCUCUCUCUCUCUCUCUCUCUCUCUCUCUCUCUCUCUCUCUCUCUCUCUCUCUCUCUCUCUCUCUCUCUCUCUCUCUCUCUCUCUCUCACUAUGUGAGAGGACAGGAAUCUUCUGUAUCUGGUUAUAGCACAGUUGUGGGUAGCCGAUCAACACCCACAUUUGCUGAAAAUAGACGUUGCACUUACUGAAAACAUUUCACCUUCUGAUACCUCCCAUUGAAGCUUGCUAGUUUUGUGUAUCUGUGUCUCUGUUCGGUGGAACUUUUGAACCGGUAAGUCUCCCGGGUUUAAAGUUUCCCAGCAUGUGAGCUCAUGAAGAUGACUUGAAAAAAUGCUUCAGGUUAAAUUAAUCUUUUAUAAAAGUCCUGAGAGGCAUAUUUGUCUGAUAAGCCUGAUCUCAAUUUUUUGGUCUCAUGUCUUUUUGACUCGAGAACAGGUGUAAAGGGGUUUUACAAGAAUUAAAGUUCCUCUUUUCUUUAUUCAUCUGUGAAACCGAUGUGGGGAAAAGUUUAGCCUGGCAUUAACAUUAUUGUUUGCCAGGCUCAUUUUGUUGUAAUACUCAUUUCAGCCACAAGAGGCUGACGUCUGCAGCCACCCCAUGUUGUAAAUAGAACUUAAAGCAUUGACAUUUUCUUCCAUCUGAGUUUAAAUUUUUAUCAGUUUAUUUAAAUUUUUUUCAAAUGUAUUUUAACCUGUUAGCGUUCCUAUAUCACGCUAAAGGGCGUUUUACACUUUUAUUUCAAUCUUACGCUUGCGUACAAAACCACUGUGUUUCAGUUGAUAUUCAUGCUACAGAUCAUUGAAAAGCUAAGACUUUUGUGAUUCUAUUCAUUAAAACCACAUUUUAACAUUUUAAGAUACAACCACAACAGCCAAAUUUAUCAACGCCUCUGAGACCAAUAACAAAUUACAGAAAUGACGCAACAUACCUUUGAAGACUCAUAGUAAUCCAGUAAUCAAUAACAUUCCAUCAAAAACGGUCACUUUGCAUUGGCAGAGGUCCAGUUUAUCCAAUCUGGUCGACUUUUUGGUCCGAAAUACAUUUAUAUUUUCAUAACUACCCAUGUUACUACCCACAGUCUGUUGUUUCGACUGCUGCACUAAUCUGUCGUUAACGUUUUUUGAUCAGCACAGAUUAGAGUACAUUUCUAGAUUUUGAGAGAUUUUGCCUUCAUCACAGAUUCAUUUAGAAAGAUUAGAGAUCCUGGACAAGGGAAGUUCUACGGGGAGGCAAUGGGGGGCAACUUGAGACUUUCAGAGACUGUAGCGGGCUCAGUAUAUUUGCUACCCCUAAAAUGUGCCCAGCCGACCCCUGAUCCUGGAAAAUACUUUUUUCAUCUGUUUUUAAGUCAUAAACGCAGAAGACAAAACAAUUUAGUUGAGACAAUGGACCUGAAUCCUUUUCUCUCACUGGCCUCUCAGGACUUCUGUAAUCCUUUGAACCACACACAAAAACACCUUGAAUGUGAACUUUGAACUUUUUUGUAUUUUUGAUUUGACGCUUUGUUAGUUGUUAUCAACAGGUCUCUUAGAAGUAAAUUGCAAAAACCAGUUGCUUACAAGCACAACGGGACAAUAGGUCUACUCUAGUCCUCAACUAUACCCUAACCUUAGCCUGGAGCUGCACAAACUAGAUUUAGCAGGGCAAACUGAGAGUAGAAAAAAGCUUAAAGACACACAGACGUGUUUGCUAUGUGACCAAACAACCAAACUGGACGGUCUUUGGAAGAAUGUCGAAGUACUGUGGAGAGAACCAUUCCUGGAUGGCUUGAACGUGUGUGAAGUUCUGUCACGUGAAGCUCAAAUCCCAGAGGGUUUAAAGUGUCAGUUCACUCAAAUUACAAAUACUGACUUUG